UUGAAUUGUAAUAAUUUAAUAAAGUUCUUUUUGUCGUUAGUUUAAGUAAAUAAACAACUAAAAUCUUUUGAAAAUAAAAUAGCUAGUUUAUGUCGUAAUUAUGUUUUUAAAAAGUGAACACAAUGUUAUCUUCCACGUCCAUCUGUAAUACAUAUAAGUGUUAAUAACUCAAUUAAGAAAAAAGAAAAUUUCAACCCGUAUUAAAUGAUGUCAGACUUAUUUCUUUAGACAUUUAACUUUGAAAUGGCGUUAUUUUGAUUAUUACUCUUUCUCCUCCUCCACUUAUUAACAACUGAGAUAAUCUCACCUCUGCAAUAUCGUAUUAGUAUAGAAUACCAAUUGGUAUUUUGUAGUUCGUUCUAUGUAUUUGUUGAUUGUAUGUAAUUUGAGUAUAAUGCUGCAACCCUAAUAUAAAUUAUUAUUUUUAAUUAUAUAGACCUUUGUAAUCCAACCAGAUUAAGAAGACUAUUGAUACCCAGUUAUUUUCUGCAUAAUUUACGUAGACACAGUUAAAAUACUUGGCUUUUAUUAUUGUAAAAUGAUUCCUAUCAUAUCAACUGAUCAUGAAUCAUCUGCUGAAGCUAUAGAUGGUGGGAAAUAUAAUUAUCACGGGACAUACGUUAAUGAAGAAUCAUCCGUUCAAGACUCAACAGAUAACUUAACAACUUCUAAAGUAUCCGAAAUCACAGAACAAACACAAUCUAAUUCAUUUCAGAAUAACGAUAGUAACAUACAUAUAUCUGAAGUAUCUUGCUCUACUACGUCAUCAAAUUUGGAUAAUGUUACUUCCGAUGAAACUAAGGUUGGAAAUCAUUCAUUAAUAACUAGUGAUAAUAAUUUACUACCUCAGUUAACUUUACAUUCCUUGGCAUAUCGUUCCCCUGCUCCAUUUUGGUACGAACCAUUAGCUAUGGCGGCAAACCAUGCAUGCGAUUACACAAUUAAAAUUACUUUAGAAAUGGCUAAAUCUGGUAAAGCUCCUAGACCAGUCCGCGUGUAUGCUGAUGGAGCAUAUGAUAUGUUUCAUUCUGGCCAUGCUCGUCAGUUGAUGCAAGCGAAGUGUGCCUUCCCUGACACUUACCUUAUUGUUGGUGAUUGAUUUUGUUGCACAUGAUGACAUUCCAUAUGCAUCACCUGAUAGUGAAGAUGUGUACAAACCACUGAAAGAUGCUGGCAUGUUUCUUGUAACUCAACGUACAGAAGGAAUUUCUACUACUGAUGUAAUCGGACGUAUUGUACGUGAUUAUGAUGUUUAUUUAAGAAGAAAUAUACGACGUGGUUUGUCCAGAAAAGAUUUAAACAUUAGUUAUAUGAAAGAAAAAAGUAUUCAAUUACAAGAUAAUCUUGAAAACAUGAUGAAACGUGGUUCUACUUUUAUUCAAAAUUUUGAUAGUAAACGUCGUGAAUUUGUUGAUCAAUUAGAAGAUAUUUCACAUGAAGUUGUUCGUUCAUUUAUGCGUAUUUUUGGUUCUGAUGGUCAUUUACGUCAUUGGUGGUCAUCACGUCGUUGUAAAAGACCUAUAUCAGCAUUGAAUUCAACUUUUUAUACACCCCAAACAUCACCAACAUGUAGCGCUAGCGAAGAUGAUGAUGAUGAUGAGUCGGAAGAACCAUAUAGUAAAAAGUCAAGAAAAUGUUAUAGUAUGACAAUGUAUGGAUCAAAUUCCAGUAGUUCAUUUACUGAUUCUGAUGAACAGAUUAAUGAACAAAGAAUAUUAUGUAAAAAACGACCACGUGUCACUGGUGAUGAUUACCUAUCAACAUUUCAAACUGAAACUACCUUAACUAAGAAUACUACUACUAUAAACAGAUUUACGAAUGAAACUCGACGUAAUUCCUUCUCUCGACAAGGACCUAAAAGUGAACCUAAGUCACGUAGGAACAAUUACCGCAGUCUACGUUAUUGCACAGAAAGAAAUUAAAUCAUCUACCGAGAAGAAAUGAUCUUCUAAAAGUGAUCAUCAUUCAGGUUUCUUUUUUUACACAAUGCUUUCUUGUAUGAUUCAUUCUGUCCAUUUUUUCGCAUAUCAAUAGUUAAAGUGGUGUAAUGCGAUGUGAUUUCAACGAAUAGUUUGUGCAUAUCAUAUCGAAUAAGUUCACCAUUUAUUUCUGAAUAUAAUGAUGAUGUUCAUGAUUACAAAUCCCUAUUGUUUUACGCAAAUAAAUCGAUGACAUAAUUUCUGUGAGGAAAUAUAAACAAAGUUUGUGGUAAUUAAUUUCCACCUUUGUAUAUUUACUUUGUAUGUGUGUAUAAUUGUUUGUUUUAAUUGAUAUUUUUUGUCCCAAAAGUGUAAGUUCCCAUGUAAGUGGGAUGAAAAAUUUUGUUUUAAAUUAAUAAUUCAGGUCACGUUUAGUUUUAAUUUAUUCAUGUAAAAGCAAAUUGUUCGUGUUGUGUAUACCUAUGGAGAAUGAUUCGCUUGUACACUUUUUGAAAAGAAAAAAAAACAUUUCACCCAAUUAUUAUUAAAUUGUGUUUCAAAUAAUUUUAGCGGUUAAAAUACCAACAUUUUGCUCGUUUCACUGAUCCGAUCUGCUUCAGGAAAACCCUGGAGUUAUUCAAACAUAAACCAUUGAGAUUAUAAUUUUUAUUUU